AUGGGGUCAACAGACACAAAUGAUCGAGACGAGAACCAUAAUACGAAAACAGUCGGAUCUACCCACAUUGAGCGUCAAAUUAACGACAUAGAUGAAUUCAAGUCAGCAAAAAUUGGUGACCGUGUUGAUGAUGAAGUCCAGAAGUAUGCAGCAAUGGGCCGAGUGGAAAUAGAUGAGGCAACAAAUCAUCGUCUCAAACGUCUCAUUGACCGUCGUGUUUUGACUAUCAUGGUUUUCACUUAUCUUGUGCAAGCUUUGGAUAAAGGUACAUUAUCCUUCACAUCAAUUAUGGGGCUUCUUGAUGAUAUUCAUAUAAAUACAAGUCAAUAUGCCUGGUUAUCGACUUGUAUCUACUUGUCAAUUCUAGUGGUUGAGUAUCCGACAAAUUGGAUCAUUCAGCGAGUUCCUAUUGCCAAAUACCUUGGCUGCAAUAUCAUCCUGUGGGGAUCUAUUCUUGCAUUGCAUGCGACGGUAAAGAACUUUGGCGGGAUUUUGGCGCUUAGAAUUCUCCUUGGCACUUUCGAGGCAUGUGCCCAGCCAUCCUUUGUCCGAUUGUCCGGGAUGUGGUAUAAACGUGAGGAGCAAGCGCAGACUGUUACUUUCUGGUAUAUGAUGAAUGGAUUCCAGCAAAUGAUUGGAGGCCUUCUAGCAUAUUUGUUUAGUCUUCUUGGCUCAGACCGAGUGAUCAAAUCUUGGCAGGCUCUUUUCAUAACAUAUGGCUGCUUCUCUGUUCUUUUCGGAGUUUUCGUCCUACUCUUCAUGCCAGACUCACCUAUGACAGCUAAAUGCUUCUCAGAGGAGGACAAACACCUCAUGGUUGAACGAGUGCGAGAAAAUCGCACAGGCAUUCAGAAUAGGAAAUAUCGCAAGUAUCAAGUUCUUGAGGCUCUGCGAGAUCCUCAGAUGUGGUGCUAUUGUGGAGUUCAGCUUUUUACGACACUACCUACAAGUGGCCUGGGUACUUUUGCGAACAUUAUCAUUAAAGGAUUCCACUUCACCACUCUUCAGACUCAACUGUUAUCUAUGGUUCUGGGCGCCUAUAUCAUCUUUGUGCUCUUAACCUCUGCCUGGCUUGUCAAAAAAACAAAUCAGAAUGUGAUAGUCAUGGCUUCUUAUGUUAUACCUUCGUUCGUCGGCACCAUUGUCUUGAUGACUGUUCAAAAUACAUCUACCGCGACCAAAGCCGGACUGCUUUUAUCAUAUUACAUAACUCUCUCAUUCUGGGCUAGUCAAACUUUGACUUUAUCCAUGAUAUCUCGAAAUAUUGCAGGCCAGACCAAAAAGUCAACUGUCAUCGCCGCAAACUUUAUCGCGUGGGCAACAGGAAAUGCAAUCGGACCCCAGAUCUUUUUGACUAGAGAUGCGCCACGGUACUUCACGGCGUUCAGUAUUCAUAUCGGCUGCUAUGCCCUGUUGAUGAUGAUAUUGCUGUUUCUCCGGUUUCAUCUCAAAAGACAAAACACAAAAAAAGAUCAAAUGGCCGCAGUCGAAGAUAUACCUGCUCAAGAAGCAUUGGAUUUUGAUGGGUUCGAAGACUUGACAGAUAGAGAGAAUCUUCGAUUCCGCUAUGUGUACUAA